AUGGAUCAGACGCUGGAAGAAGUUGUCAAACAUUGCAGCCAGCAACUUGAUUCCUAUCAACGCUGCAUAGAGAAUAAUCCUCAGGAUUGGGGCGUUGCUUGUUUGAAAUUUAGGAGCGAACUUAAUAAAUGUGCUGAAGAGAAUGUGACGGAAUUAAAACGUGUCAAAGCCAAAUGCAGUUCAGUCAUUGCAGCGUUUGACAACUGCCUACAGAAGAAUCAAAAAGAUCCGGAAAAAUGUAUAAAAGAACUAAAGCAACUGUACCAUUGCACAGAAGAAGCUGCGGGAAGGAAGUUAUCCAGUCCACCCCCAGAAAUUGUCGAUAACAAGAAAUUUAUAGAUCUAUCCACAUUUCAAAUCCAGUCAGCACCACCGAGUGCUUACUACAUAGAGGAAUAUAUUAGCGUUGAUGAAGAGAAGCUUCUCUUAGACAAAGUUUAUGCGGCCCCAAAACCGAAAUGGGUCACGUUAAAGAACAGAAGGCUCCAAAACUGGGGUGGAAUACCAAAAGAUAGGGGCAUGCUCUCUGAACCACUACCAUCAUGGUUAACAGAGCCUGUUUUUCCAAGGCUGGCGUUUCUCAAAGUGUUUGAUAAAUGUGCAGCCCAUAAGCUUCCAAAUCAUUGCCUGGUAAAUGAAUAUAUCAGUGGUCAAGGAAUUAUGCCGCAUGAAGAUGGUCCAUCCUAUUAUCCAACAGUUGCAACGGUUUCUCUUGGAUCACAUACAGUGCUGGAUUUUUAUAACCAUCGUUAUCAAAAUGCAGACAAGGGUAAUAUGGAUUCAAAUUCUCUAGUCUUUUCUCUGCUAAUUAAGCCAAGAAGUCUCUUAGUACUUCAAGAUGAUCUUUACAAAAGUUAUUUGCAUGGAAUAGAAGAAAGAAGCAAGGAUGUUUUAUCAGAGAAAAAUAUAAUUAAUGCUGUGGAGGAUGUAGGAGAUCUUGAAAGGGGAACUAGAGUCAGUUUGACUUUUCGCAUUGUUGAGAAAGUCAUCAAGGCAAGCUUAUUUAAUAGGAGAACCUAA